AUGCCUGGAGCACUCUUGUCUACACUUUUAUGGCUCUCCGCCCUCUUGUCAACUGCUAGCGCCGCGACACCGGGGAAGCCGAACAAGAGCAAGCGUACCAUCAACAUUAUCGUCCUUAUCAUCAUCAUCGUCUUUAUCAUCCUUGCCAUUGCCAGUCUCGUUUGGGUCAUCUUUCUUUGCCGUCGACACGAGCGUAGAAAACAGAAAAAGAUGAACACGAUGAUCACCGUGUCCACCGUUCAACCAUACCAGUCUCAGUCAGCAGGAGGCUACCAAAGACCCAACUCUGUGGUUGUCCACCAGGACGGCGACUGGUGGCAGCCACCUCCUGAUCAAUCUGACGCGACCAGUUCGACGAGACGGAGCGUCUACCUCGGUCCUCUCAACGGGAGCACAAACUCGCGCUAUUCCGCACACCUCGGUACCCCGGAGGGCCAUAGACAGUCGACGUACAGCACUACAAGCAGUCAAACUACACGCAACCACGCAGCUCGCCAUUCUUCGAGCCUAGCGGCGAGCGCUCAGACAGUCAUGGAUCGUACUCCAGCUACAGCAGUAGCCGCCGUACCACCGCCACCCAUAGGAGGGAUGGGCCCGAUGAGGCCAAGUAGAACGAGCAGCUACGCGCAGCACCCAGGUGGCGCAGUAGAGGUGACGGUCAAUCCAAGAGGGGCUGCGCAACCAUUCCAGAUUCCUGCGCCGAAUCGAAUGCCUGCGCCCCCAACUUUCACUGCACCACCUCAACAACGAUCGACUGGUCCCGCUGGUUCUUCCUCUGCGAGCACAGAUGCAGGUAUCCCCCCCGCGAAACUGCUCCAACCACAACCAACCGGGACAUCCAUCUACAGCACUACUCACCCGUACGAACUGUCUGCCAUGACUAAAAGUACAUCUGGGCACCCUGGAACAUGA